AUGGCCAGUGAGAAACUCUUGAAGCUCGACGCCAAAAGGAGAGAAUACGACGUCGUGGUCAUCGGGGAGGAACCUCAUCUGGCCUAUAACCGUGUUGGGUUGACGAGCUUCUUCCAGCACCGACAAGUCGAGUCGCUGUACCUCAACCCCGAAGAGUGGUACAAAGGCCAUCCUACGGAUGCUCUGAACUAUCAUCUCAACACCCUGGCUACGGAGAUCAAAACGUCUGAGAAAGUUGUCAUCACUGCCAAUGGAGAUACGAUCCCCUACGAUAUCCUGGUGCUCGCCACUGGCUCUGAUGCUCUCCUACCGAGACACACUCCUGGUCACGAUGCCAAAGGCGUCUUCGUCUACAGAACCAUCGACGAUCUCCAAAAACUGAUCGAGUUCUCUGCCACUGUCAAAGGCACGACGGGAUGCGUUGUCGGUGGAGGCCUGCUCGGCCUUGAAGCCGCCAAGGCCAUGAUGGAUCUUGAAGAAUUCGGCCAAGUCAAGCUCAUCGAGAGAAAUAGAUGGGUAUUGUCUCGACAGCUGGACGGCGAUGCAGGUGGCAUGGUCGUUGAGCUCGUUCGCAACCUCGGACUAGACGUUAUGCUCAGCAAGCGGGUCGGGAAGAUCGUUGCCAAUGAGGACAACGCCGUCAAGGGAGUCGUCUUUGAAGAUGGUGAGGAGAUGGAGUGCUCGUGUAUAAUGUUUGCCAUCGGCAUCAAAGCGAGGGAUGAGCUUGCCAGAAAUGCCGGCUUGAAAUGCGCCGACCGCGGUGGUGGUAUCACAAUUGACAACAAUCUAAGAACCAGCGAUCCCAACAUCUACGCCAUCGGCGAGUGUGCGAGCUGGGAGAAUCAGACAUUCGGCCUCAUCGCCCCGGGCAUUGAGCAAGCCGAUGUCCUGUCCUUCAACCUCACCCAAGCUAAAGUCCACAGCCCUCGCACAUUCAAACGACCCGACUUGAGCACCAAGCUGAAACUACUAGGUGUUGAAGUCGCCAGCUUUGGGGACUUCUUCGCCGACAGAGACGGUCCCAAAGACCUGCCAGCCAGACAUGUCAAACGAGCAGAAAGGGCGCCUAAAGGUACCGACGCUACCCAAGACAAGGUCAAGAGCCUUACUGAUGGGCCUGCACCUCCAGCCGUCAAAGCCCUCACGUACCGAGAUCCUUUCGCGGCCGUCUACAAGAAGUACCUGUUCACCGUGGACGGGAAGUACCUGCUAGGCGGCAUGAUGAUUGGAGACACCAAGGACUACGUCAAGCUGGUUCCUAUGGUCAAGAACAAGAAGCAAUUAGAGGUUCCUCCUUCCGAGUUCAUCAUCGGUGCCUCCAAAGACGGUGAUGAGAACGCCGAUGACCUCUCCGCCGACACCCAGAUCUGCUCCUGCCAUAAUGUCACCAAAGGCGACGUGGCCGGUGUCGUCAAAGAUGGCUCCUGCAAAUCACUUGGAGACGUCAAGUCUUGCACCAAGGCCGGCACGGGCUGUGGUGGCUGCGUGCCCCUCGUGCAGUCGAUCUUCAACAAGACUAUGAAAGAAAUGGGCAAGGAGAUCUCGAAUAACAUCUGCCCUCAUUUCAAGUACUCUCGAGCCGAUCUGUAUAACAUCGUCUACGUCAAGAAGCUGAAAGACUUUGGCGAGGUCAUGCGAGACAGUGGCACCGAUCCUGAUAGUCUGGGCUGUGAAGUCUGCAAGCCCGCGGUCGCUUCAAUCCUGUCCGGCAUGUUCAACAAGCAUGUCAUGGACAAGCCGCUCCACGGCCUGCAAGACACCAACGACAAGUACCUCGGCAACAUUCAACGCAACGGCACAUUCUCCGUCAUCCCCCGUGUCGCUGGUGGCGAGAUCAGCCCCGAGAAACUGAUCGUUAUCGGCCAAGUGGCCAAGAAGUAUGGCCUAUACACGAAGAUCACUGGUGGCCAACGUAUCGACAUGUUCGGUGCGAAGAAGCAGGACCUGCUGAACAUCUGGUCCGAGCUCGUCGCUGGCGGUCUGGAAUCUGGCCACGCGUACGCGAAAUCUCUGCGCACAGUCAAGUCCUGUGUAGGUACGACGUGGUGUCGGUUCGGCAUCGGCGACUCAGUCGGCAUGGCUGUUCGGCUCGAAGAACGCUACAAAUCCAUCCGCUCGCCGCACAAGAUGAAGGGUGGUGUCUCGGGCUGUGUGCGCGAAUGCGCCGAAGCGCAAAACAAGGACUUUGGCCUGAUCGCCACGGAAAAGGGAUUCAAUAUCUUCGUCGGUGGCAACGGCGGCGCAACGCCGCGACACUCGGAGGUCCUCGCGAAGGAUGUGCCUCCUGACGAUGUCAUCCCCAUCCUCGACCGCUAUCUUAUGUUCUACAUCCGGACAGCCGACCGCCUGCAACGGACGGCGCGCUGGGUAGAGAAUCUCCCUGGCGGGAUCAAAUACCUCCGCGAAGUCAUCCUGGAAGACAAGCUCGGCAUCUGCGCCGAGCUCGAGAAACAAAUGCAAGAACUCGUCGGCACCUUCUUCUGCGAAUGGACCGAAGUCCUUAACGACCCGGACAAGCGCAGAUCGUUCCAGCAGUUCGCCAACAGCGAGGAGAACCGCGAGCCGGCCGUCGAAAAGGUCGAAGAGCGAGGCCAAUCCCGGCCCGCGUACUGGGCCAAGGACCCCGUGCACGACGACUUCAAGGGCACGCGGUGGACGAGCCUCACGUGGCAGCCCAUCGUCGAGGCGAAGCGGUUCCAAGACCUAGACACCGGGUCCAGCCAGACGGUCCUCCGUGGGGAUACACAGCUCGCCGUCUUCAAACUCAAGGGCAAGUACUACGCCUCGCAGCAGAUGUGUCCGCACCGGCGGACCUUUGGGCUUGCCGACGGGCUCAUCGGAGAAAUCAAAGGCUCUGACAGCAGCAACAAUGACUGCAAGGAGAGCAAAUUCUACGUGAGCUGUCCGUAUCACAAGCGCAACUUCCAGCUCAACGGGGACGUGGACUUUGAGGACAAAGCCGCGGGGGCGGGCUCCUGCUCCAACGACACCAGCAUGUCGAUCGCCACGUUCGCGGCCGAAGAGCGCGACGACGGCUGGGUCUACCUCAAGUUGCCGCCCGUGCAGGAAAUGGAUAACGUGCUGGGCACGACCAAGUGGGUCGUCAAGGCCGGCGAGACGCCCAACCCGUUCGCCAGUCUGGACAAGAAGCUGGGGUUGAAGAAUGGGUUACGUCCGCAAAAGACCGUGGGCGCCAUGCCGGGCACGGGCAACGUCAAUGCCGGACGGGAGAUCAGUGUCGCGGCGCAGAGGAGGAUAGAUUGGUAG